AUGGCUUCCACUUUCUCCCCGAAAAAGAUUAUACUUAGCGGAACUCCAAGAGAGAUAGGACAUCAACAUGGCAGACAUCUAUCAUCCGAGAUCAAAAAUCAGAUGAAGAUAUAUGAUGCCAUGUUCCAAACCACAUCCGCAUUAUCAUGGUCCCAACUCCUCCCCAAAAUCGCACGCGAAUUCCAAACUACAAUCCGUAAACUAACACCAGAUAUCUAUGAGGAAAUGCUUGGCAUUGCUGAGGGUGCGGAUGUUGAUAUUUUGGAUAUUGUAGUGCUUAAUUGUAGGAGUGAGAUUGCUUUGGGGAGAUUUACUGAUGGGUGUACGAGUUUGGGAUGGAAGAUGCAGGGUAAAGAGGAUGGGAAGGUUGUGUUGGCUCAGAAUUGGGAUUGGACUGAGAAUGUUAUGAAGAAUUUGGCGAUGGUUGAAAUAGAAAGGAUAGGGAAAGAGAAGAUUUGGAUGGUCACUGAGGCUGGCAUCGUGGGUAAAAUUGGUUUUAACUCAGCCGGCGUCGGUGUAUGUCUCAACGCUAUCAGGGCGAGUCCAACGGAUACCUCGAAGCUUCCAAUCCAUAUUGCACUGCGCAUCUGUCUAGAAAGUAGCAGUGUAGAUAAUGCUCUAGCUACGAUUGACAAACUAGGUGGUGUGGCAUCGAGUCAACACAUCCUGAUAGCCAAUAAGAGUAAAGUGUUAAGUAUGGAACUUUCACCUGCGGGAAAUUGCUUUUUGGAGCCAUGUGAUGAUGGUUUCGUGGCCCAUACAAAUCAUUUCAUCAAGAAUGAUUUGGUAACGAAGCCAUUUUGGCUUGAGGGAAGUCCAGUGAGACUUGAAAGGGCCAACUUACUGGCUAGCGAGCUAAUUGGCGAUUUGAAAAAUGGAUUGGAAAUAAAAGAAGGGGUUGGAGAAAUGUUGAGGCGAAGAAUCUUCUCAGAUACAUUUAAUACUCCGCAAGCGAUUUGCUGUCAAGAGGAUCCAAGUCUACCAAAGGAGACGAGAAAUAGCACGCUAUUUAACAUAGUAAUGGAACUAGGGGCUGGAAAUCCAUCUGCGGAAGUUGUGUUUGGGAAACCGGGAAUGACUGAAGGAGAGGUAUUGAGAAUGCCAUGGACUUGA